AUGGCGUGGUACUCAAUCCUUCCACAGGAAUUAACCCACCUGGAGAGCUGGGCCGCUCGUGUCUUCGUAUGUUGCGCUCCCUUUCCCGAACUCCCUAUGACGCAGCUGCUGACCUACCCCGGAUUUUCGCAGUUCGUCCUCGGUCUAAUCACCAUCGGCCCCUGGGCUUUCCUCAUCCUCCUUGAUGCAACUAUAUGGCUUUAUCGCAUGAUUCUCUGGGAAUUCCCUGGGAUUGGAGGACGCGCUCGGGGUCAACAGCGUCCGCGCGCACCGAGCUUGAAUGAACGGCCGGAUGGGCAGCGGAGGGCCUUCAAAUUGCGCGGCGUGGAGACAGAUACUGGGGAAAGCGAUGGGGACCAGAGUGUGGAGUUCAGAUCAAGGAGAGAGAACGAUCGCGAGGAAUCUCGAAAAGAGAAUGUGAACCCUGUCAGUGGUGUCAAUCCACCUUCAAGUGGAGAUGGGGUUCUGAAACAUAGGGGCACGAGUCUGAAUUGA